UGUAAUCAUCAUGGUUUACAAAUGAAACACACUUUAUUACCCUUAAAAAAGAUAUUUCAUCACUUGCCUAAAAGAUUUUUAAAAGAGCAAGGCUGGCAACAUUUGAGAAUAUCUUAGGACAGUUACAAGGAAUGUGAUGUAUAACAUGCACAUUUAAUGGAAUGGAGCCAUAUGCAUAUUUUUUCAAAUGGGAUGGAUAAGUUGAGAAAAGCUUAGAAAGACAACAGUCUGACAUCACAUUAUCAUGUAACAUGUUUUCAAAUCAUGGAACAUGGGUUUCACCAGCUGGGCAAACAUUUAUUUAAAUUUCUUUUGACUUUGAAGGUGGUGGUGAGCUGCCUUCUUCAAAGGCCCCAGUCCAUUUGGUAUCGGUACACAGACAAUGUUGUUAGGGAGGGAGCUCCAGGACUUGUCCCAGUGGCACUGAAGGAACAUUGAUAUAUUUACGAUUGGCGAGCGGCUUGGAAGGAAAAUUGCAAGACCUGCUGUCCCCAUGCAUCUGCUGUCCUUAUCCAUCUAGAUGGUAGUAGUUGCUUGUUUGGAAGGCACCGUCCAAGCCACAGGGAAUUUCCGCAGUGCAUCUCGUAGACGGUGCAUGUCACUGCCACUUGCCUUCGGUGGUGUAGGGAAUGAAAGUUUGUUGGAUGCUAGUGCCAAUCAAGCCUGCUGUCCACUCCACACAGGCAAGACGACUCACGUAAGGGAGCACUUGACAAGGGGGUGUCCGACAGAAUGCAGGUCUUGGGUUUAAGGGGCAGAUAGCCCAGGCUGCUCAUCCCUGGGUUGUCGAGUGUCACGGGGCACUCAAGUUGAAUCGGAAAAGGGAACAGGAAUAAAAAGUGGCGUUGGAGGAGGGCAUAUAGAAAACAAGGUGGACUAAUCCAGGUAAACGAGCUCCUCCGCAAAGCGGAUCCAAAUGCAACGUAAAUUGAACAGACCAGCUCCGGCACAGGACAGGGUUAUGAUGGUGCGCGCGCAACCCCUCCCCCCACGUUGCUGGAGGCGCGCGCGGCUCCUUGGGAUUGCUGCUUUAAUGUCCGCCAUGUUUGCCGUGGCGCAUGUCGCGGACCGACGGCCAAAUUUCGGUUUCUCGGGCUCGGCUCGGUCGGCAUGAGGGGCAUUUCGAGGAGCGCCCUAUCCACCCAGGGGACGGACUCCUUAACUCGCAUCCAUGAGCGGCUCCGGGCGUCCGGCCGCCCAAUUAAGACUGGUCUAAAACGCCAUCUUUGUGCCAGUGAGGAAUCCUCUCCCGCGCACACCAUGAGUAAACUCUCGUUCCGAGCGCGGGCGCUAGACGCCACCAAGCCGCUCCCCAUUUACCGGGCGAAGGAUCUGCCGGACCUCCAGGAUUGCGUCUCCAUCAAUAGGGCCGUGCCGCAGAUGCCGACCGGGAUGGAGAAAGAAGAGGAGUCGGAACAUCAUUUGCAGAGAGCUAUUUCAGCACAGCAGGUCUUCAGAGAAAAACGGGAGAAUAUGGUUAUUCCUGUGCCCGAGGCAGAGAGUAAUGUCUCCUACUAUGAUCGUCUAUACAGGGGAGAAUUCAAGGUUCCAAAACAGCUCAUUCAUAUUCAGCCUUUUAAUCUGGAUAGUGAACAGCCAGAUUAUGAUAUGGAUUCUGAAGAUGAGGUCUUAUUCAACCGCCUGAAUAGAAAGAUAGAGAUCAAACCGUUGCAGUUUGAAGAGAUGUUUGACCGACUGGAAAAAGCUAGUGGAAAUCAGCUUGUAUCUAUUCAAGAGGCCAGAUUGCUUUUGAAAGAAGAUGACUACCUGAUAAAAGCAGUGUAUGAUUACUGGGCAAGGAAACGCAAGAACUGCAGGGCUCCCUCCCUAAUCCCCUGGGUGAAACAGGAGAAAAGAGAUGGCUCCACUAACAAUGAUCCAUAUGUUGCUUUUCGAAGGAGAACAGAGAAGAUGCAGACCAGAAAGAAUCGCAAAAAUGAUGAAGCUUCAUAUGAAAAAAUGUUGAAACUGCGUCGAGAGUUCAGCCGGGCUGUUACCAUCUUAGAAAUGAUUAAGAGACGGGAAAAGACUAAAAAAGAUUUGCUUCAUCUAACACUGGAUGUGGUUGAGAAGAGGUACCAUAUGGGUGACUUUGGUGGAGCAAUUAUGAGUGAGCUGAGGACUGUGAAACAGGAAAAGACCAUAUCCAACACUACAGUGUCUCUUCACAACGGCAAUCAUUACAAAGUGCCAGAAAUCAAAACUGUCAAGCAGCAGCAGCAGCAGACACAUCUGAUGUCAUGCAAAGAGGAGGCUACUGAUACUGUUCAUGCAAAAAAGAAGUAUGUGAAGAAGAAGCAUAAAACAUCAGAGUGUGUUGUUUUACACCAUCAGGUUAGCUCAGAAUCCCAACCAGCCCUGAAGAGGGACAUUAAGCAAUAUGACUUUCUCAGCUCUGAUGAAGACUCUUACACCCAGGUCCCUUCUCCAGUAUCAGAACCUGAAGAAGACAGUGAUCCUGAUGGACAUUUUGCUUUCAGGAGGAAAGCAGGUUGCCAGUACUAUGCUCCUCACUUGGACCAAAUGAGUACUUGUCCAUGGGAAACAUCUGAAUCAGCUGGGCUAAGUGAGUCACGGUAUAGAUACUGCUUAACUACGCUCACAGUUCCAAGAAGGUGCAUAGGUUUAGCACGGAGGCGCAUAGGCCGUGGAGGAAGGUUUUUGUUAGAUCGUGCAUCCACAGAUCAUGAUCAUAUUCUACACCAAAUUGAUCCUGAAAUGCUGUCAUCUCCUAGUUCCCCAGCUGCUUUUUCGUCUGAUGACUCAUGGAUCAUUUCUUCCAAUAAAGACUUUUCAAAUAGACUGUCACUUAGUGAAAUACUAAGCAAUAUCAAAGCAUGCCGAUUACGGCACUUCCAGCCUCGGUUGUCCCCGCUUCAGGACAGUGAUAACCACAGUACUUCCAAAAAAUUAGGACAAAAUGUGAAUAAAAAAAGAAUUCCAGUGUCUUCUAUUUUAACAUCAAGUACCAUGAUCACCAGUAGGAAUAAGAUAUCUGUGAUGGGCGGUAUAACGGAAGAGCAAUACCACACGCAUCAACAACAGCUUGUUCAAAUGCAGAGACAACAGUUAGCGCAGAUGCAGCGUCAACAAUCUCAACAUUCCUCAAACAUCAUCAAUGAAAGCAUACAGGGAUCCAGGAUAUCUGAGGGCUCUUCAAAAACGCUGGAUUCAGCUAGUGCCCACUUUGCUGCAUCAGCAGUAGUUAGUGCUCCUGGACCAGGUCAAGCAGAUGUUUCUAAGGACACUGCAGGUCAUACUACAAACAUGAAUGGUGUUGUUCAGACUCCAGGCACUUAUCGGAAUCUUCAAACCUCCAGUGCUACUUCCUCCUCCAGUCCAGGGUUAUCUACUGUACAAAUUAUAAGGACUGUCAGUCGCACCUCAACAAAUCAUGUGUUACCCGCAUUGCGCACAAGCAGUCCCCAGUCAUUUCCAGUGAACAAUCCCUGUAUAGGAACUGCUAUGCGGCUGAAUAGUAUGAAUGUGGUUACUCCUGUCAAUGUGCAUCUCAGUGCAAGGACUUCAGCACCUUCUCCUUCUGCCUUAAAGCUGGCCACAGCUGCUACCAAUCUUGACAGGGUGCCAAAAGUGACCCCUAGUAGUGCCAUCAGUAGUUUGUCUAGGGAGAGCAGUGAACCAGAGAGACUAUUGAAUGGUAUUGCAGAUAAAACAGUAGCAAUGGAAGUGACAUAACAUCCACCUACGCAUCUCUUCUAAGAUUUAGUGAUGGAAAUAUUGCAUUCUAGAAAGAAUGCAGAAUAAGGCACCCAAUCAAUUGCAAGUACUAAAUGUGGACCUGAAUGGUAUCAUAUCAUUAAUGUAAAAUUCUGUCUAUAUAUAAAUGUAAAUUUUGUAAAGUUCAGGUGAUCACUACCUUGUACAAUAGUUUAUUUGUAUCAUCAUAUGUAUUUCUGUUACUUGAAUACUAGAUAUUCAUCAUGCUUUGCACUUGAAAUUACAACAGAAUGAAAAUGACACAAAUCUAUGGGAUCAUGAGCAUGAAAUUGGGAUCCUUUUGUCACUUGUUUUAACUAUUUAUUUUGCCAUGUUUACAUUUUGUAACUUGUACAAAUCAACUUUGUGCUUAAAGAAAUUUAAAGAUAUUUAGGUAGGCCAUGUAAAUCCUUGUCAUUUUUUGUACAUUGUAAAGUUUUCACAUUUUUUUCUCACAAAUUGAAUAGAUGGAUGUUUGGUAAAUACUAAGUGACAUUUCUUGAUCAGACAUUUAAGUCAAGACAAAAAAAAAGUAUUUUCUAUUGUUUUGGAGGGUGAGGGUUGUGAAACAGAAUUGAAGAUUAUUGACUUCCAUCUUGCUCCUUUUCCUGUGGCUACAAGGCAAGUAACAGGUUGGAAAGACUGUCUGACUUUUGUGUUUGGACUCCUUUAGUAUAGUGUUUUUUUAUGAGUUUAUACAAUUACUAUUACAUAAGCCUUUUCAACAGUAUUAGUAUUGGAAUGUUAGUGUCAGCACUACAUCAGACAACUUCCUUGUUACUUGAUCUUGUUAAGUGAAGAGAAAUGCAGGGAAAUUAAACAUACAUAUCAGAA